CGAUGUAUAAAAAAUUAAAUAAAUUAAAUUAUGAAAACCUUUAAAUUACGAGUUUUGUAAAAUUUAUAAAAUUAAUUAUUUUACUAGUGAGUUACUUGAAAAUUAGAAUACAAGUAAUUAUUUUUACUGCAAAAUGUGGAAUAACGCUGUCGAAUAUUUGAAAGAUCCUUUACUCGUAGUUAAAGUUCAAAACUUUUUUGGUGUUAUAUAUAGAAGUGUUCGUAAGAACGAAACCUCCGAGAUUGUACAUUCCGAAAGAUUGGAACGUGAGAGCGAGGAGUUUGAUAUCAAGCAGCAUAAGAGAAUACCGAGUAAUAUAUCAAGUAGUUCGGGGUCCUCCUACGAAACCGAUGCCUCAUCGGACAGUACCAAGGACGAAGUCGAGUGUUUGAUAAACAAUAAAUUCUGGUAUUAUGUGUUUGUGUUGGGCACCGCACUAGGUGACGAGAUCUUCUAUGCGACCUUCAUACCAUUUUGGUUCUGGAAUAUUGAUGGCGCUGUUGGUAGAAGAGUCGUCUUAGUCUGGACUGUUGUUAUGUACAUAGGACAAGGUUUCAAAGACAUAAUACGCUGGCCACGACCAGGUUAUCCAGUUAAGAAGUUACAAACAAAAUGGGCGAUUGAAUAUGGUAUGCCAUCAACUCAUGCCAUGGUUGGUGUCUCAAUACCAUUUUCUGUUUUACUCUAUACCAUGGACAGGUAUGAAUAUCCAGCCCACUGGGGAACACUGCUUGCUGUCUCUUGGUGCACCCUCAUAUGUGUCAGUAGGAUUUACCUAGGAAUGCAUAGUGUUUUGGAUAUAGCAGCAGGUCUGCUACUGUCAAGUGCUCUGUUGGUAGUAUUGAUACCAGUUGUAGACUGGCUCGAUGGGGUCAUACUCACAUCACACUAUGCCCCCUUCCUGGUCAUAGCUAUUUCAAUACUGGCAAUUGUCUUCUAUCCAAACGCUGACAAGUGGACUCCAACAAGAGGCGACACUACAAUGAUAGUAAGCGUAUGCGCGGGAAUCCUGGUUGGCUCCUGGACCAACUACCAGCUCGGGAACAUGACGGCCAGCACCGACCGCCCGCCAUACAAGAUCAUCUGGCCGUCCAUAGAGAUGUUGGGAUGCACUAUACUCAGGACCAUACUAGGCUUCUGCGGUGUUUUAGCCACUAGAGCAGCCGGCAAGUCGGUAUCUUACGCAUUCGUUUGUGCCCUACUAGGGAAAGACAAAAAUGAACUCAGAAACUCAGAAAAUAGUUUGGACAAUAAGAAUAAGAUAAUUGUGGAGCUCUGUUAUAAAUAUUUUACAUAUGGCAUGAUCGGGUUCAACACGACAUAUGUUCUGCCAAAUGUAUUUGAUUUGUUGCAAAUUAAUAGGCCAACAUAUUACACCGAGAUAUGAUACUAAUCAAAUUGUGUUUAAAUGUAAAACAGAGGGUCGACUUUUGAACGCGAACGAAUCGAAUAUCGAGUUGUAUCCAUGAUAAUGGUCGAUACAAACUUAAGUAUAUAGAAAUGUAAAUAUAAAUUAUAUCGCGGAUUCGCAUCCUCGCACGGUACAAAAGUUUGUAUUCAUGAGUAUGAUAGUUUGUA